UCUCACUAAAAAAAAAGAAAAAAAUGAAAAAGGUCAGCAGAGUUUUUAUGAGAAGGAAGUGAGGAGGGUGGGGUAUGGUUGCCUUGUCUUUUCGAUUUUGAGUUGCUGCAGAUGGAGGGAUCUGUCCCCAUUGGGCUGGGCCCUUUUUAUCCCACCAAUUCUUAUUUUUUUGUUUAAAUUUUAUUUUUCAUUUUAAUUUCCCUCUCUCCCUCCCCUUCUUGAUUAUUAAUCACAGUAAAAAGGCAAAGAAAAUUUAAGGAAAAAAUGAAAACCAGCAGUAGCAGUGAAACGUGAAAGCGGCGCCUUUCUCUUCCUUCCUUCUUUAUUCUCUUUCUGUGUUUUAUAUCUGGAAAAUCUUAUUUGAUAGAGUUUGCUUUUAUGUUCAAGAUUUUGGUUUUUUUAUUUUAUUAAGAAAGAUUUGCAGAAAUCUGGGUUUGAAAAAAACCAACAACGAAAAAAAAGGCCAACCCACUUCUACUUACUUGCUCUUGCAUUUCUUUCUUUCUUUUCCUUUUUCUUUUUUUUUUUUUUGGCACCUCUUUCGUUGUACGACUACUGCUUCUCUACUUUUUUUUUUUUCUGGAAUAUAAAAUAAAAAUAUAAAUUUUAGAGGAAACCCAAGAAAGAAAGAUUACAUUAUGAUGUAAUCUCUCCCACUGUUGUAUUCUCUGUAAGCCUUUGGUUUCUGUCGUGGAAAAUGGUUAAAAUAAUGUAAUGAGGAUGAGAUCUACGGCACUGUUCAGCAGAUUUUUUAUUUGAUGUUUGCUAUAUCCAUUGCUAGGGUUUUGUCUUCUGUUUCGUUUCCACCAUGACUACCAAACGCGCUUACAAGCUACAGGAAUUUGUCGCACAUUCUUCAAGUGUGAAUUGCCUAAAGAUUGGAAGGAAAUCGUCGAGGGUUCUUGUGACUGGAGGGGAAGAUCACAAGGUUAAUCUUUGGGCUAUUGGUAAACCCAACGCCAUAUUGAGUUUGUCGGGACACACAAGUGGAAUAGAUUCAGUGAGCUUUGAUCCUUCAGAAGUCUUGGUAGCUGCAGGUGCUGCAAGUGGUAGCAUCAAGCUUUGGGAUUUGGAGGAGGCAAAAAUUGUUCGGACUCUGACUGGUCAUAGAUCCAAUUGCAUCUCUGUGGACUUCCACCCCUUUGGCGAGUUCUUUGCAUCUGGCUCCCUUGAUACAAAUCUGAAGAUAUGGGAUAUCAGAAAGAAAGGGUGUAUCCACACUUACAAGGGCCAUACUCGAGGAGUCAAUGCAAUCAGGUUUACACCAGAUGGCCGAUGGGUUGUAUCUGGUGGUGAGGACAACAUUGUGAAGGUGUGGGAUUUGACUGCUGGAAAACUGUUGCAUGAUUUCAAGUAUCAUGAAGGCCAAAUUCAGUGCUUAGAUUUCCAUCCCCAUGAGUUUCUACUGGCUACAGGUUCAGCUGAUCGGACUGUUAAAUUUUGGGACCUUGAAACCUUUGAGCUUAUUGGUUCAGCUGGGCCGGAGACUACUGGAGUCCGUUGCUUAACCUUCAAUCCUGAUGGGAGGACUGUACUCUGUGGAUUGCAUGAAAGUCUGAAGGUUUUCUCAUGGGAACCAAUAAGAUGUCAUGAUGGUGUGGAUGUGGGGUGGUCUAGAUUGUCAGAUCUUAAUGUUCAUGAAGGAAAGCUUCUUGGCUGCUCAUAUAAUCAAAGCUGUGUUGGAGUAUGGGUUGUAGACAUCUCGCGUAUAGAGCCGUAUGCUGUUGACAAUGCUAAUCGUGUUAAAGUUCAUUCUGAACGUAAAUCUAGUUCUGAUAGAAACCUCUCUGUACUGAAUGAGAACACGACAAAAGCUAGUAUGGGAAGGUUAUCUAUUUCACAAAAUCCUGAUACUUUAGUGAAGGAAACAAAAUCCCUUAGAAGGUUGUCUGUUUCACAAAACUCAGAUCCUGCUAAGGAGUCCAAAAUUUUGGCAUCCACAGGAAAUGUACCUGGAACCCCUCAGAGGGUAAAUUUAAAUACUGCUCCAAAGACAACUCAACCAAGUUCAGUAACAUUUCCUAGUGUAGCAGCUUCAAAGAGGAGUUCUACAAGGGCUAGUUCAGCUGUCAAUGUUCCAAUUUUUAACAAGUCAGAUGUCAUACCUGUGAUUGUGCCUAGAAAUGAUACUAGGUUGGAGCAGGCUGUUGAAUCAAGAAAAGAAGUCGGAAUAUCUGGGAGAAGUUUGGAGCAGGCAGCUGAACCUAGAAGAGAAGUUGGAAUAGCUGGGAGAAGUUUGGAGCCGAGCCAGCCAGCUGCUGAAUCUAGAAAAGAAGUUGGAAUAGUUGGGAGAACUUUGGAGCAGGGAGCUGAUUCCAGAAAGGAACUUGGUAUCGUUGGAAGAACAAUGCCAUUUUCUUUACAGUCAAAGACUUCUAGUUUUCGGAAGUUUCAAAAUAGCAGGGAAGACAUGGACCAGCCAGCUAUCUUUGCCCCGUCUGAAACUACAGGUUCUAAGGCUGCCGAAUUCUGUAGUGCUCUGGACAGAAAUAUUUUUCCUGCUCUUAAAGGCCCAAUUCAAGGAAUUUCUGCUGCUGAAAGGAAUAUGAGGGAAGAUAGAGGCAUUGGCUCUGGCAAGAGUGAACCAAACUCAGUGGUGGAGUUGCCUUCAAACUGUUGGGAUGAAAAUAAUGAUGCACAAGUGCAAAAAACACAAAAAGAUGCAUAUCCUUUAGAAAGCAAAAAAGGAGGAAGAACACAUUCAGUAGUCAUAAAUUGGGAGAAAAGAGGGAGAUCUUCCAAUUAUGAUGGACCUACUUUGAGUAUCUCUCCAGGGAUUGCAUCUCUGGCAAACAUGCUUUCCUUCAAUGCGUAUAAACAAAGAGGAUACCGACCCUCUGUGGAAAAAGAAACGCCUUCUGCCAGUGAUGAGGAUGUUGUUGUUGAUGUAAUGGAGCAGCAUGACCAAUUUGUUAGUUCCAUGCAGUCUCGUUUAGCCAAGUUACAGGUUGUUCAUCGAUACUGGGAAAGGAAUGACGUAAAAGGGGCAAUCAGUGUGAUGGAAAAGAUGGCUGAUCAUGCUGUGCUUGCUGAUGUGAUGAGCAUUGUCACUGAGAAAAUGGACAUUGUCACAUUGGACAUUUGCACUUGUCUUCUGCCACUUCUGUCUGGUCUCCUUGGAAGUGACAUGGAUAGGCAUUUGAGCAUCUGUCUGGACAUGCUCCUUAAGCUGGUGAGAGUAUUUGGUUCGAUGAUAUACUCAACAUUAUCAGCUUCGACAUCUGUUGGUGUAGACAUUGAGGCAGAGCAAAGGUUUGAGCGUUGCAACCUCUGCUUCAUAGAACUUGAAAAAGUAAAGCGCUGUCUGCCCAUGCUAACCAAAAGAGGGGGAUCAGUUGCAAAAUCUGCCCAGGAAUUGAAUCUUGCACUUCAAGAAGUAUCAUGACCGAAAUCAAUGCAUUUGAAUGAAUGCAUGCACUAGCUUAUUCUGUGCCUUUAUGGAUUAAAUUCUUAUGUUGCCCUGGAAAGCAAGCUGUGGCACUUACUCCCUCUUCACGCAUCAACAACUACUUUGAUGGUGCAUAUUGUCUUGUAAGUCCUGCUGCACCUUGUACAUUUCAUACCAAGAGCCAUUUAACUGCUAGCUGAUUCUACUUCAUUGACGUAAAACUGAGAAUCGAAGAAUGAAGGCUAAUUGGGUUGUUACUCUUCUUGCUGCUGCACAGUUUUUUCAAUUUCAGUUUAUACCUGCUUGGUGAAUAGCAUUCCAACCUCGUGUUACAUUCUAACCCAAUAUGUUGCACAUCAAUUUGUGCCUUUUGGUUAAUGAAUUAACUAAUAUUUUUGAUCGAAUGUAAUAUAUAUACUCAUUUCCAAACACGGGACUUCAGAUAUUUGGGUUAUGUUAUUAUGGUGAAAAACCUGAAAAUAGAGCAAUGUUGAGCUUCUAUUGGUGCAUUAGAAGUGGGUUUGUCUUUGCAUAAUUUAUUCUGUAAGAUGGAUAGAAAAUGAAAGACAAGCUGUUCAUUUUCCUCAAUGUUGUGUUUUCCUUCCAAUUAAAUAUUUAUGAGUUGGUCUUCGGGUUUUCCAUU